AUGAUUUGCACAAGACUAAAAGGAGCCUUAAGUCAUUUAGUAGAUGAUAAUCAAGCAGCCUUUGUGGAAGGAAGAUCAAUGAUCCAUAAUAUAUUGAUUUGUCAUGACUUGUUGAGACAUUAUAACAGGAAGACUACUCCUAGAUGUUUGAAAAAGAUUGAUCUAAAGAAGGCAUAUGAUAUGGUGAGCUGGGAAUUUCUAGAGGAAGCUCUGCAAGGGUAUGGAUUUCCACAAAAAAUCAUCAGAUGGAUCAUGAUAUGUGUGUCAACUCCCAAAUAUACUUUCAAGAUUAAUGGGGAAGGCUAUGGAUAUUUUGAGGGAAAAAGAGGACUGAGACAAGGGGACCCUGUAUCUCAUUUACUAUUUGUACUAGUUAUGGAGUACCUCUCAAGGCUGCUGAAGAGUAUGUCAUAUCUGCCAGAUUUUAAAUUCCAUCCUAUGUGCAAAGAUAUCAGAUUAAACCACUUGGUGUUUGCAGAUGACUUAAUGAUCUUCUGUAAAGGAGAUAUUAAAUCUACUGCAAGAUUUAUGGAAGCUUUGCUACAUUCUAGUGCUACCACUGGGCUUGUGGCCAAUAUGGAGAAGUCUAGUCUAUUCUUAGCAGGUGUGAUUGACAAUGUGAAGGAGCAGCUCCUGGCAAUUACUAGAUUCACACAAGAAGUUUUUCCCAUUAGAUAUUUGGGACUCCCACUCACAUAA